UAUUUGCGAGUGGCAGUGCCCUAUGCCUGCUCUUCGUCUAUGAAAACAAAAAUACAGCUAGAGCUACCCCCUUUACAAGUUUUAGGGCUAUCUUCUCAAAAAAUCAUUUUGUUCUAGGGUUUCUUCUUUUCUGUUCUCAUAGCCAUGGGAGAUUGGCAGCAGCUCAUCCAAUCGAUUUUCAUAGGUUUACUCUUCUCUUACCUUCUGGCCAAGCUAAUUUCAAUAGUAGUUUCUUUCAAAGAUGACAAUCUUACCAUCUCAAGGAGCGCCGAAUCCAAUCAAUCCCUUCCACCUAGGCCCAAAUCAGUCACUGACUUUGGUUUCUGUGGCCAAGAUUUCACUGCCGCCGAAUUUACCGCCGUCCACGACAGCGAUUCAAUGAUGGCUGAGCAAGGCAGCGUGAGGAACGAGAGCAUAACCGGUAGUGAUAUUGGUGAUCCCGAUAUUGAUGAUGAUGAUGAUGAUGAUGAUGAUUGGGAGGGAGUCGAGAGCACCGAACUGGACGAGAUGUUUAGUGCUGCGACGGCAUUUGUAGCGGCGGCUGCGGCGGAUCGGCUUUCUCAGAAGGUGUCAACGGAUGUGCAGUUGCAGCUUUACGGCUUGUACAAGAUUGCCACGGAAGGACCUUGCAGUACUCCCCCUCCUUCCGCCAUUAAAAUGAGCGCUCGUGCCAAGUGGCAAGCAUGGCAGAAACUCGGUGCUAUGCCUCCAGAGGAUGCAAUGCAAAAGUACAUUGAUAUUGUUACAGAAUUAUAUCCUACUUGGGCUUCCGGUUCAGCCAUGAAAAGGAAAGGUGGAGAUGGUGAUGCACAAAGUAACGAUUCCAAAGGACCUAUGGGUCCAGUUUUCAGCACUCAUGUUUUUGAAGAGGAAUCUGGAAAUGAAUUGAAAAUGGAUGCCAUUCAUGCCUUUGCCAGGGAAGGAGAUUUGAAGAAUUUGCUCAGAUGUAUAGAAAAUGGUGUUUCUACAAACUUGAAAGAUAGCGAGGGUCGGACCCCAUUGCAUUGGGCUGUAGAUCGUGGCCAUCUUAAUGUGGUGGGAGCUCUUGUUGAAAGGAAUUCUGAUGUAAACUCAAAGGAUAAUGAAGGCCAAACACCUUUACAUUAUGCUGCUGUCUGUGAGAGAGAAGCCAUUGCAGAAUUUCUUGUUAAGCAAAACGCGGACACCAAUUUGGAAGACAAUGAUGGCAAGUCUGCUCGUGAUCUUUGUGAAGUAGACUGGCCUUGCCUGCGGCACUAGCUACGCAGACAUACUGAUUUUAUCUUGUGGUUUCUUUCAUCUUAGUCUGACAAAAUUUCCCAUGGAUGUAUAUAGUACAUGGUUAUUUAUGCUCCCUCCUUUACUCUCCUUUUGUACCUUAAAUUUUCAUCUUAAUGACAAACUACCAUUGGGAUAAUUCA